AUGAAAUUAAUAAAACCAGAAUGGAUUGAACAUGGACCAAAAGAAAGUUUAUCAUCACUUCAUAUUAAUCCAGAAGGUAUUCGUGUUGCAUUAGCUGGCAAAUAUAAUGCUGUUGAUUGUAUACGUAUAUUUCGUCUUGCAUCAAUACUUGAUGAAACAUAUCAACCACAAUCAAGACUUCUUUGUCGUAUUGAUACACAAUGUCCAUUAUGUGUUAGAUUUUCAUAUACAAGUGAUGUUCUAGCUGUUGCAAGUCGUCAAAAUGUUUUACUCUAUCAUUUAACAGCAACAAAUCCAAAUGUAACAAAUCUUCAAUCAUCGUCAUCGUUUGGUGAUUUUCCUGAAACAUGGCGUCUUCGUUCAAGUUUAUCAUCAGGUCAUGUUGCUGAUAUAUUAGAUAUAGCAUGGUGUCCAUUAAAUGAUCGUUAUUUAGCAUCAUGUUCAAUUGAUAAUCAUAUAUGUAUUUAUUCAUGGCCAUCAGCUACAUUAACAAUAACACUUCGUGGACAUACAGGUUUAGUUAAAGGUUUAGCAUGGGAUCCAACUGGACUUUUAUUAGCAUCACAAUCUUCGGAUGGAACAGUUAAAGUAUGGUCAAGUACAACAUGGCAAUGUGAACAAACAAUUAAAGAACCAUUUGAUGGUUGUGCUGAAUCUACAUCAUUUCUUCGACUUGAUUGGUCACCUGAUGGUACUAUGUUUACAACAGCUCAUGCAAAAAAUAAUACAUUUCCAGUUUCAGCUUGUGUUAUACGUGGUGCAUCAACAGUUGAUGCUGAAUUUGUUGGACAUCGUCGAGAAAUAACAUGUGCACGUUUUUUACAACGAAUUUUAUUAAUUAAUGGUCGUCGUCGAUGUUUAUUAGCUAUUGGAAGUAAAGAUCGAACAUUAUCAUUAUGGUUAACAAGUCCACGACAACCAAUGUGUAUAGUUAAUGAUUUUUUUGCAUCAGGUAUACUUGAUAUGUCAUGGUAUUUAAAUGAUGAUGAGGGUUUAAUUACACUUGGUAUUUGUUCACCAGAUGGUGCAUGUGCUUUUAUUAUAUUUAAUAAAGGUGAAUUAGGUACACCAUUAACACGUCAUGAAAUGGCUAAAUUUUAUAGUGAUAUGUAUAAAGUUAAUAUAUCAUUAUCGACUAAAACAAUUACAAAUGGUGCACCAAUGAUUAAUGGCAAUGGUCAUAGUCAUCCUGUACCACAAUCCACAGUAAAAGUCACAUUAGCUAAUCAAACUGAACGUGUAUUAGGUGAUGGUCGUCGUUGUAUUAAACCGAUAUGCAUUGAUACUCAUACUCCUGCUUCAGCAGUAUCCAAAGUUCCAUCACCGCCACCACCACCACCUCCUCCUACUACUUCGAAUUCCUCAUCAAUUCCAUCAGUUCGUCGUAUGCCUACAAUACCAGCCGAUCCAAAACCUACUAAAGGUGUUAUUCGAUCAUCAACUUCAUCAAUUACAUUGCCUUCAUCAAUAAGUUCAACUGCAUUAUUUCCUCCUCUUAAAUUACAACCAAAUUUAAUACGUAAAAUUAAUAAUGAAUAUGAAUUACGUACAGAAAAAUCAGAUCAACUUUAUAUAUUAUCAUGUAUUAAUGAAAAAACAAAAUUAGUACAAUGGAAAAAUGUCUUUCAAUCACCAUUACUUGCUAUACAAGCAACAAAAAAUUUUAUUGCUAUUGUUACUUUACAAGAAACGCAACAUUGUUCAGAAUUAUUUAUUUUACAACGACAAAGUGGUUUACGUUUAUAUUCAAAUAUUGUUCUAACACAAACAUUAGCUGGUCUUUAUAUAUCAGAAAAUACAAAUAAUAUACAACGAGCUACAAUUUCACUUAUUUAUAUGACUGGAUUAUUAACUGUAUUUGAUAUAACACGUAAUUCAAUGACAUGUCCUAUUAUUGAUGUUAAUAUUUCACAUUUAUUACCACCACAUGCAUCCAUAGUUGAUAUUUUUACAUUAAAUCAUAUUAAUUCAGAUACUGUUUGCUUAAUAACGAGCACAGGACAUUUAUAUGGAUUUGAUAAUACGCUCAAACAUUGGACAUGUUUAUUUCAUAAACAUGAUUUUGUUUCUGAUUUUGCUCUUCCAUCUGAAUUAACAUCUUCAGGUCCAUUAUCAUCAUUAACUAAAUCAUAUGGUGCUACAAUGAACGAUGACGUUUAUCAAAAAACUUUAUAUUCAUCACCAAAUCGUGAACUACUUGUAUCAGCAUAUCUUGAAACUCAAAUUCAACGAUCUCGUAUACUUCAUUCAUCACGUGAAUAUUAUUUUUGGUUAACAAGUUUCGUUCGUUUUCUUGCAAGUUCAUCGCUUGAUGAUAAAUCAUUAAAAUUAAAAUCAAUAUUAGAUCAUGUAGCUGAACAUGUACAUAGUACGCCAACAAAUUCAAAUAUAAAUUUUAUGCCUUUAAAAAACAAGGAUGAAUAUCAAAAUUUAUUAAAUGAAUGUUUAACUAUUCUUCGUAAUCAUGAUGAUGCAUCAACAUUAGUUCAACAUUAUGAAUAA